AUGGGAUCUUCGGACAGAGCGCUUCUUCCCGAAGAUUCGGAAGUGCUUGGGAUACUGACCGAUUAUUUGGUGCGCAAGAACCAGAAGUACAACCAACUACAGAAUUUUCCUGGAUCUGGAGGCAAGGGGGAUCGAGACCCAUUGGAGACCAAGGUCGAACAGCAGGCCGCUGAGAUCGUCAAGUUGCGGUCGAAAUGCUCACAACUGGAAGAACGGCUGCGGCGGUACGAGCAUAACUCGCCGGAAAUCAGCGUCGUUUUUUCCCCACGCAAACGGACCCGGCUCUCCCCAUUGAAAGCAGAGCAGUCUCCAACUUACUCGUCGCUUUCUGGAACAGAGACCGAGGACUCUGCGUUCUCGACUCCGCACAAGCUGCGUCUGGUGAAUGUGCUCACCAAAUCCGCGCAGCCAGAGAAACUUGUCUCUGACAGCGACGGAGAGUACGACGACGAGUCGCGCAAGGUUCUGAAACAAUCGGGCUCUCAGCAACCCCGCGACAAGAUCAGAAGUCUUCAGGACGAGGAGCUGGUCGAUCUGACCAUUCAUCCGGUGCGGAAAGGCAACUGGUGGCCAGAAGACUUCAAGCCUAAUCCAGAGACGAAUUUUGGCGAGAAAGAACCGUUUAAAAUGCGCAUGAUCAAUCCAAAGUAUGCGCAUCCGGCUUUGCAGACACAGCUCAAGUACCAGCAAAAACAUCUUCAGGAGGAAGCCAUGAAGGGAUUCAACAGACUUGCAGGGAAAGUUGAGCCCAGCACGCCAGGAGUGAAGCUCGUUUGGAACUCGCCGGCCGCAGGCGCGUUGCCGACUCCUCUCAAGACGCCCGAACAGGCUCUGGACGACCCGAACAUCGACCCGGUGUUCAAGUUCGAAAUCAACAGAAAUAACUAUAAAAAUUUUGGACUGAACCUGAAUAGCAACAAACUCAAGCUUUGGCUGGACUUGCAGGACUCGCCACCGGGCCAUGAGCGGUCCGAGUUCCCUACGCCUUCACAAACCGCCGCCGACAGAGAAAAGAGUCUGAAACGGUCGAAAUUGAUCGCACUUCAGCGGCUUUUCCAAACAGUCUUUAUGAUCCAGCCUACUAAAGAUGACAACGCCAGCUACCAACAAGUUGGUAAGUUUAUUUUCCGCAACGAGGAGUGGAACCAGCUUGUCAGACAGAACAAGUUCCAGAUCGACCAAACCAUCUUCUACCACUUCGAAUGA